UCUGAUAGGUUAAUGAUGCUAUAGGAAUGGAAUGGCCAUGGAUCUAUUUCACCACUCUUAUCCUGGUUGGCUCCUUCUUCGUGCUUAACCUGGUUCUGGGUGUGCUCAGUGGUGAGUUCACAAAAGAGCGGGAGAAGGCCAAGUCCCGUGGAGAGUUUCAGAAGCUGAGGGAGACUCAGCAGCUGGAUGAAGACCUCAAGGGCUAUAUGGAGUGGAUCACUCAGGCUGAGGUUAUGGACAAUGACCAAGAGGGACAGGGCCUGCUCACUGCGGAAAAUGGAGGAUCAGAGACCGGAAGUGUCAGCAAAAUGGACACAAUGCAGCUGAUCUAUCUAUUCAGUAGUGCACAUGUCAUCUUUACA